AAUAUGGCGAUUGUUGACGAAGUCGUCGUAGUUGUGUUAAACAGCCAUUAAAAUAAUUACGAUGUAUUUUCCUUUAGGUUGGCCGAAAAGGCUAAAAUCAAAUAAAGGAAAGUCUCAUAAUAUAAAUCAUAUUGUCAGUAGUUGUGAUCGAUUGCUGUUUGCUGUCGUAUCGUCCAAGUCUCUUAAUAUUUGGUAUUCAAAGCCAUGUGUUCAGAUUGUGACGCUUAAACUUAAUCAUAAGUUACUUGCAGAAGUUGGAAACUUUCUCAGAGGGGAAUGGAAACCAGAUUCAUCUUUAGUUGCUAUAAUGACUGAGAACAAUUGUAUUGUGUUUAUUAAAGUUGAAGUUGACAACACUGUACCUAACCAUCAUUGUCUCUAUGUCAUGCAAGAAGGAAAAGUUCCAUUGUCACCAAAAAUAAACAUCAAUGGCAUCUUAGAUAGUGAUAGUGUCCCAGCAAUAAAGCUCACAUAUGUUGCCCAUGUUAGAAUGCAGUCAUCAAUUUCAUGCUUUCUCUCAGUGAAAGAUGAGUUGGUGGUUGCCACAGUAGAUGGUUGUCUAAACAGAUUAAGAUGGUCUGGAAAUAAAAAUGAGAAGGCUACAUUGCACCUUAAGGAUAUACCAGUGUCAACUGAUUUACAACAGUUUAGAGCGUCAAGGAUAUCCCAUAAUGAUAGUCAUGUCGUGGAGAUGGAAUACAGCCCAACUCUAGGUGGUUACAGCAUGGUGCUUUCCUCUGGCAGGGCUCUCUUUGUUAUUCCCCCUUCAAACAGGGGAGAGCAGACGAGUGCACAUGGGGUUUGGGCACAGGAUGUCAACAGUGCUGCUAGUGUUGCUGUCAACCACAGAUAUAGACUUAUUGCUUUUGGCUGCCAAAGUGGAGAUGGUGUUGUGUAUCACUUGGAUGAGGCAGUGGGGGCUCUGGAAGUUUCUCACAAGCUUGUCAUCUCAAGUAAAGAAUUUCCUGAUGCAGGGAUAAUUGCUGGUUCAGUGACUUGCAUGAAGUGGACACCUGAUGGAACUGCAUUGGCCCUGUCCUGGAAAAAUGGGGGACUCUCCUUGUGGAGUGUGUUUGGAUCACUUCUCCUGUGUACAUUAGGUGGAGAAUACAGCAUAUCAGACAAUGGCAGCUUGUUCCCACCUCCUAUCAUAUCCAUGGAGUGGGGUCUCGAGGGUUACCACCUGUGGAUGGUGACACUCACCUGUGAUGGUAACUCUGACCUUGACCUGGCUGGACACGACUCUAAAGAGGGCUCCUUCUCUGACGAGUUUGACAGGAAACUGAAGAGUGAUGAAAACUGUGAAGAUAACAAAGUAAAGGAGGAAAAGCUGGAACAGGUGUCAGCUACAGAACUCAUUCAGUUCCAGUUCCUGAAGAGUGCACUCACUGUAAACCCUUGCAUGGGCAACCAUGAACAUGUGUUCCUGCAAGGGGAGGACAAGCUGUACAUGAGCACAGGGGACACCAUGUCGCGGGGACACUCCCACUACCACGCAGGGGGCAGCUCCUCUGCUGGCCACGGCUACAUAGGCAACAAACAGUGGCAAGUCAUCCCCAUCUCCCACAGCUAUCUGGCCUCUAACUGGCCCAUACGGUAUGCAUCAGUAGAUAAGGCAGGCCAGUGUGUGGCUGUGGCGGGGAAGACUGGGUUUGCCCACUACGCCCUGUUCAACAGGAAGUGGAAGCUGUUUGGGAAUGAGACUCAGGAAAGGGACAUGGUCGUGUCAGGUGGCAUCACUUGGUGGAAGGAUUUCAUCUGUCUGGCGUGCUUCAAUAUCCAAGGCCAGAGAGACGAGAUUCGCUGCUACCCUCGUGCGUGUAAGCUGGACAACACGUUUGCCCAGGUGUUCAGGCUGCGGUCUCAGGUGCUCCUCCUCAACACAUUCCGUGACCUGCUUAUUGUGUUUUGUGCUGACAGCCAUGUUGUCAUGUUCAGUCUGGAGAGGAAAAAUACACAACAAAAUCCUUCUGUGCUGAUCAGCAUGGUGCAGGAGAUCUCACUGACCAGCUUUAUACCUCAUCCAUUGUGUGUCACUGGCUUAACCUUGACCUCACUCAUGUCUGACUCAGUCACAGUUAAUGCCAAGCUCCACCCAUCAGCCAAGGAGGCGGAGUCUAUGCUAGUGAAUGUGUCUGGGAAGCUGCUGAUGUUUCAGAGGGACAGGACAGGCCCACAGAUCAAAGAUGAAAAGAACAAACACAGGCCUGUGCCCUUCUGUAACCCCACUGUUGUAGCUACCUCUGUAGAAAACCUUUGGACAACAACAAGGGCCAAUGUGGGUAAAAUCCAACUCAUGGAGGCAAUGUGGCUUGGCUGUGGUUCUCAUGGCAUGAAAGUGUGGCUGCCACUGUUUCCUAGAGAUGAAGGGAAGGCACACAACUUCAUGUCUAGGAGAAUCAUGCUACCUUUUAGAGUUGAUAUUUAUCCCUUAGCUGUUUUGUUUGAAGAUGCUGUUAUACUGGGUGCUGCCUGUGAUGUCGUCUCAUAUACCCUUUCAUCAUCUGUAAAAAAUUAUUCUGAAAUGCCAUUUUGUACAUUAGAACGAACUAGUCAAAUCUACCUUCAUCAUAUACUUAGACAACUUCUCAGGAGAAACCUGGGUGUAAAUGCCCUUGACCUAGCUCGGAGCUGUAAAGAGCUAACCUAUUUUCCUCAUGUGCUGGAGCUUCUGUUACACGAAGUGUUGGAGGCUGAGGCUACAUCCAAAGAACCAAUUCCAGAUCCAUUACUUCCACGAGUGGUAGCAUUUAUCCAAGAAUUCCCAGAGUUCCUACAGACUAUAGUACACUGUGCUAGGAAAACAGAGGUUGCUCUUUGGCCCUAUCUCUUCUCUACAGUUGGCAACCCUAAGGAUUUAUUUGAGGAAUGCCUUAUGCUGGGGAACCUAGAGACAGCAGCUACAUAUUUAAUCAUCCUACAGAAUCUAGAGAAGCCUAUAGUCAGUAGACAGCAUGCAACAAUCUUAUUAGAUUCAGCUCUGGAUAAAGGCUAUUGGGAGCUGUGCAGGGAUUUGGUGAGAUUUCUCAAAGCCAUAGACUCAACAGAGCCAGUUGAAUCCAUGACAAACUCUCGCCUCUCCGGCACUGCCACCCACUCGGCAUUUCCCACCAGCCCCCCCAUGUCCCCGUCCAGCCAUGCUGGCUACAGCUACAGCAAUGUCAGCAACGUGGGGCGGAUGAGAACGUCCAGUAUAGUGGAGCCCAGAGAGGUCAAGCUGGUACAGAAAGAGAAAGCUAAGCACACAGUGUCUGACUCACUGAUCAGUGCAGGGAAAAGGCCUACUGCUAAACAAAAGCAGACAGAGCCCACAGCUGAACAAGUGUACAUUGAUAUGAUCUUGUGUCGGCAUGCCAGGAAACUACUAGCCUCCAACAACAUCAGGACACUGGGCUAUUUCUCUGCCAACAUGGAGGAUUUCCAGUUUGUGGCUUGGCUCAAGAGAGAGAGAGUGAGAGCAGGAAAGAUGGAGGACUUUGUCUCUGCUUUAAGAGAAAUCCACACACAGUUUGAGUGGCCAAUGCCAGUUUUAUCUGCUCAAGCUUUACAGCAACUGAAAAAAUCCCUGGCUGCAUCCUCCUCAUCCUUGUCAUCAUCUGUGUUGGACGAUGAUUUCCUGAGUCCAUCUGUUGAGAGUGAGCCAAUGACCAGUCAUACACUGACCAGCAGCAUGAUGAGUCCUACACUUGGGCCCCAGCUGACAGAGCAAUCUGUGGCGCAGGUUGUGUCUGAUGAGAUCAUCCUCAAACCACAGAACUUGAGAACUGACGAGAGCAGUUUGGCUACAAUAGAAAUCUCCGACUCAAGUUCACUUCUUGGUGAUUAUGAGGUGGUGAAUGACUCCAUCCUUGCUAACGAUGUCCAGCUCAACAUUGACUUGGAGGGUAUUUCCCAGGAGGUUGCAUCUAGUCGAGGCCCUGAGCAAGCUCAUCUGGAGCUGGAGUACCUUCUACACAUCAUGCUGGAGGCUGGUUGCUUGGAGUGGGCACUAAUCUUGGCCAUUGUGCUGCGUGACAGCAUGGCAGUCAGUCGGGUGGUGACCACAGCCAGCUGUACAGAAACACCUUUAGACAUGGUGGCCAGGAUGAGAGAAGGGCUCAGCUAUCUGGAGCUCUGGGCUGACACUGAAUGCCUGGGCUACAAGUCAUUCUUCCACCAGAUCCGUGGCGAGGCUCAGAGACUUGGCAAGCUGCUGGAGGUCCCAACAACGCCGAGCCUCAGCCUGGAUGUCUCAAGUUCUUCCAAUGACACGCCUUCUGUAGAGGAGGGCAACUUGUCUCCCUGUGUUCAGGCCAUCAGGCCAGAAGUUGAUGCUUUAGUUAACCAGCAGGAAGGCUCCGCACAUUACAAACGUAGUGACUGCGCUAUUUCUUGAUAGUUCUCAAAUCUUCAACACUUAAGUUAACUUUGUUCAUGUAUUCCAUUUUUAUCAAUUUUAUUUUUGUAAAUAUUGUAUUUUUAACUGUACAGAAAUAUUUAAUGUAAUUAUUUUAUUCUUUGACUUUUGUCUUGACUAACCCCUGGACAUGGAUUAUUUUUAUUUAUAUUACUAGUAAGGGCAGGGAACUCUUAUCUAUUCCAGUCAACAGUUUUCAUACAGGCCACCACUGCUACUUCAUACAACAUAAAAAUCAACAUUUUUCUCUCUGUUAUGUUCUGCGUGAGUUAUGGGUUUUCAUUGAUGACAUAUUUACAAUCCGGUUCAUAUACACUUUGCUAUUACCAAGAUAUGUGUUGUUGCAAUUGUACAAAUAAAAUCCUUUAUUUAUUCAUACUGUCUUGAAAGAUGAUCUAGCUGGGUUAUUUUUUUAUAAUUCUGAAAAUACGGAAAUCACGAGGGCCGGGUUUUAAAAACUUUUAGAUAAACUUUGUAGAGAAAUUUUAGUGAUGAAUUUAAAAAAAAAAAAUAUAAAUAUUUGCAAUUUAGCAGAAUGACAACAAUAUUAGUUUAUUAUUUUUGUGAAAUGAAGAGGUUGAAUCAAUAAAAUAAUUGACAAGACACCCAUGUUUAUCAUGACAACGAAGUUCAUGCAUCUGUUGCUAGGGAAAUGUGAAAGGAAGAUAACAUGUGAGGGGAAAAAUAUAAUUUUUUAACUGGCAAAUGUUUUUUUAGGUGAUCCUAUUUCUAACAUCUGCAUUUCAAUAGAUACUAUUCUUUGUUUAAGCAGGCUACUUCAUGUUGAUCUCUACAGUCUGUUGUUUCAUUACAGUCUUUGUCUUGGUUCUGUUACUAGUAGUCAAUUCUAUUGUUCUGAUGAAAUGUAUUUUUCUAGUGACGUCAAAACAAGAACAAUGCUUAUUUAUGUUUACAUGAUUUUCGUUUACUGACCAAAAUUGUGCUAUGUCUACAUCUUCAAGCUGGCAACAGUUUUAUUUUCACAUUAAUGCAACAAUUGUUUACUUAAUUCAGAAUGAGUUCCCUUUCCAGCUGAUCAUUGACAUAGACCUACUGUUUCCAUUUGUUAUAAAAACUGACUGUCCCACAUACCUAGUCCCCAUAAAUCUGAAUGUUUUGUUUUCAUAAAAUGUAGUUAUGUUAACUAUAUAAUAUUAUGAAACACUGCAAGAAUAUUGUUAAAGAUUUCUUUAAAUAUAAAAGCAUAUCCUUUUCAUCAAGUAAACUUCAGUUUCUAAAAAUUAUCUGUUAUGUCUAUGGUAAGAAAUGUUUUUAACUGCUGUAGUGAGAUUUUUCACCAUGUUCACACUAAGCCAUGAUGAGGGAAAAGAAACAUAUCAAUAAUGUUGAUUAAAAAGUAUUAAGAUAUAAUCAAUGAUUUUUUAAAAAAAUGCAACUGUUGGUUUGAUAUUAUUUAAGAUACAGUUCUUAUUCUUUUUAUUUAUUCUUUAUUCUCCAAAAGGAUUUUCCCCAACA